CACGACAUUACAUGCAACACCGCACUCUCUUCGCAGCGCUUUGAACCAUUCUUCACCACCUAGUGAAACGAGGUAGACAUCUAGAGUCGAAUCAUCAACCAUGUCCCAAAGAGACGAACGCGAAGGCUUGAGUCCUUCCCCGGCCAAUAUUCUGGACAUCUUCACUGGCGACGAUGACGACGACGAUGAUGAUAUGGACAGUUUCCACCCGAGCGAAGAACAGAGCACCGAUGCAAGCCAGCAGGAUGAAGAGGAUAGUGACGCAGACUUCGCCGAUGCCCAGGAGUCUCUGAAUGGCAUUGAAAUCGUGCUAGACACUGGUGACGAUGAUGACUACGAGGACGAGGAUGGCGAGCAAACAGAGACUGAAAACACAGCACGGGCUGUUCACGGUAUAUUAACGACGGCCGAUAUUCGUGGCCUGCUCAACGCCAGCGCUCCUCUGCGGCAACUGAUACUAUCCCGCUAUCGACUCCUCGGUCCAAACGGCCGCGAUCUCUUCGGCGACGAUGAUGACGACGAUUACGAACCCGGAUAUGGCGGUUUCAGCGCCCGCCGAAGACGCCGCGGCCGUCCCAAGCCUGCUUCUGAAAGAUUCCCCAAGAUACCCAGUGACGCCGGUCGAGCCCUGAUGAACAGUGGUAUAUAUGGUAGCAAAGAUUCACAUAUAGACAUCCUCCGCAAGCGGAAACAGACAAUCAGCGAGCGCUUACUCUGGCGACGACUCGGCCUGGAUGCUAGAAGCAGCAUGCGCAGACAGAAUCGGUUGAUUGCGCAGGACAGUGUCCCUACGAGUUCGAUAGCGGACAAGAUCAUCCACUACGACAGUCGGGCAUAUAGUGGCCAGUUCUCAGACGACGGCAAUUUCUUCUUCAGUUGUACCCAGAAUUUCAAGGUCAGGAUGUACGAUACCAGCAACCCUUACGAGUGGAAGUACUACAAGACGGUGGAUUAUCCGUUCGGUCAAUGGACAAUCACAGAUGCUACGCUCUCUCCGGAUAACAAGUGGUUGGCGUACAGCAGUAUCCGGCACACUGUGUGUCUCGCGCCCACAGACCCAACAGACCAUUCGGAGCACACGUUAUUGGAUUUCACGAACUUCGCCCCGGGAGCUGGCCUGGGCCGCUCGACGUACGGCUACAUGGGCCGACACGGCUUUGGGAUCUGGUCCCUACGCUUCAGUGGUGACGGACGAGAAAUUGUAGCCGGCACAAGUGACCACAGCGUCGUUGUAUACGACCUUGAACGCCGGCAGAGUACGGUCCGCCUGACGAACCAUGAAGACGAUGUCAAUGCUGUGUGCUUCGGCGAUAAAUCGUCGCCACACAUCCUGUACAGCGGCAGUGAUGACCAGACGUUGCGGGUGUGGGAUCGACGGUCCAUGGCGGAUGGUCGACCGGCAGGCAUAUUCGUCGGACACACCGAGGGUUUGACAUAUGUCGACUCCAAGGGCGACGGAAGAUAUGUCUUGUCCAACGGCAAAGACCAGAUGAUGAAGCUGUGGGAUUUGCGACGGAUGAUUUCUCCCAACGACUUCCAGAACAUCGCCUUACACAAUUACACGACGAAUUUCGACUAUCGAUUCAGUCCUUACGACGAAGACGACUAUGUACCCAACCCGCACGAUUGCUCCGUCGUGACGUUCCGAGGACACAGCGUGCUCAAGACGUUGAUACGGUGCCACUUUAGCCCUCCCGGAAGUUCCAACAGUCGUUACGUCUAUUCGGGAUCCGAGGACGGCAAGGUCUACAUCUGGAACAUGGACGGGACGCGCAAGGCGACCAUCGACGUGUUCGCCGCGACCAAGUUCGCGCGCCCGCGCACUGACGGGGGUGACGGGUACGGGUACGAGUUGCACGGGCACCACAACAGCGUGUGGAAGACGUGCGUGCGCGACGCGAGUUGGAGCCCGACGGCCCCCGUGCUGGCCGCCACGAGCUGGAACGGCUGGGGCAUGGCGACCGGCACGGUCAGCCUGCACUGCUGGAACGACGGGGCCGAGGACGACGAGGCGAGGCCGCCCAUGGGGAGCAACUACAACGCGCGGCUCGACCCCAGGGCGGAUUUCGACGCCGCCUCGAGGAAGGCCAGGAACGUCGACAAGUACACGCGGAGCAGGGCCGAGGGGAGGGGCCUACGGAGCAGCGUGGUCAGACCGCAUAGGUACGGAGGGAACGACGGUGAUGAGGACGACGAGGGGGGAGGUGGGAUCUGGUGACAAUCAAUCAAUGCGGUGCGACGUGGGUUGAGGCGGGUGAAUUUGAGGCGGGGCGCAUGGCCAGAGGCUUCAUGACCUACCUUAAGAGGUACCUCAGCACCCAGGUCGCUGGUGGUUUCGAGAUUUGUUUACCGAGGAACCAGCUCUCGUGUGUACCUGAUUUUGAGGAUGUCUAGAAGGAACUUGUAAGGAAGGGAAUGAAUGCUUCAAAAAAAAGGGGUGAAGCUUUUGCGUUGCUUGCACAAGAAUUUACGAAGAUACAAUGUACGUUAUGACACGAACUAGGCUACUACUGAGUACAGCCACGGGCGUUUUCGCAAAUCCAAUUAUUU